AUGAGGAGAAAAACUGCCGUUUUAUCCCGCCAGGUAUCGCACAAUCGACACUGCUUAACCUCAACUUGUCAUCUGUCAAAUCCUAUACAUUUUUUGUUAAUUACAUCGUGAGAUUACAAUUAUUGGGUAAUAUCUUAUUAAAAUGGCCCUGUGUAGUGCUUUAGACUGCAAAAAUAAAGGCGUUCACGCUUUCCCUAAAGACCCAAAGCGUAGAAAGGCUUGGGAGAAAGCGUUAAGAAUCAAAAACUUUAAAGCAAAAGACUCAUCGCGAUUAUGUUCCAUGCAUUUUACAUCAGAUGACUAUUACGGACAAAGUAUAUACACAAAUUACGAGCCGAAAGCGAGAUUCUUGAAGAAAACUGCUGUACCUUCAAUAUUUUCAUUCAACAUUUCAAGAUUAGAUACAGCAAGUGCAACAGCCCGUCAGCAGCGACUUGAGAUGAGGUCUCAGAAAAAGUUACGGUUUGAAGAGACUGUGACCCCAUCAACAAGCCACCAACCAUCAAUUAAUGAAGAAAGAAUGGUGCCCCACUCCAUGGACGUAGAAGAAACUGUAACUCCAACAUCAAUAAAUCAAGAAAGUACAGUGCCAAUCUUCAUGGACGUUGCUAGUGAAAUAGAAAUCAGUGCGAAUAUAAAUGAUUUUACAGUACCUAUUUUAAAUAAUCCUAAAUUCUCAUCUAAAGAGACGCAAAUUGACAUGGAACAUGUAUUUGGAACAAUACAUAGAUUCAAAAAUGAUGAUAAAGCAAUUCAAUUUUAUACAGGCUUCGAGUCUUACCGGAAGUUCUUUUUUGUUUACUCAACUUUGAGUCCUAUGGCCCAUAAAAUACAGUAUUAUGGUAGUUCUGUUAUUUUGCUCAGUACUGAAGAUCAGUUCUUUUUAACAAUAAUGAAAUUAAGACAAAAUAAAUGUAUUUUUGAACUAAGCAGAUUUUUUAAUGUAAGUACUACAACAGUGUCAAAUAUAUUUAUUACCUGGAUAAAUUUCAUGUAUCAACUAUGGAUAAAACUCGACACAUGGCCAAGCAAAGACUUGGUACAUUAUUAUAUGCCGGAACAUUUUAAAAAUUAUAAUGCGAAUAUAAGGGUGAUUUUAGAUGGGACCGAAUUUCAUGUACAGAAACCUAAAAACCCAACGUCUCAACAAGCGUCAUGGAGUAGCUACAAGCAUGCAAAUACUCUUAAAGUUCUUGUUGGAGGAACACCGGGGGGAUUGUUAUCAUACUGCUCUCCUGCAUAUGCUGGGUCGGUCAGUGACAGGCAAACAGUGGAGAGAAGUAAUUUAAUUAGUAAAUGUGAAAGUGGUGACUGCAUUUUAGCAGAUCGGGGAUUUAAUAUUCAGGACAUGUUUGCACACAAAAAUGUUGCUGUAAAUAUACCUACUUUUUUAAAGGGCAAAACACAGUUACCAGGUUUAACAGUGUUAAAAGAUAGGAAUCUAGCUAGUAAAAGAGUGCACAUUGAACGCUUAAUUGGCCUCACUAAAACAUAAGAUUUUAAAAAGUGAUCUGGAUCACAGUUACAUUCCAAUUGCAGGUAAAAUAUUUUUUAUAUGUACUAUGUGUUGUAAUUUUAGAGAAAGCAUAAUGAAAUAAGCAUAAUCGAAUAGAACACAACGAGUGGUUAUUAAUGGAACUCAAUCUGCCGGCUCCCCAGUAGCACUUGGAGUGCCUCAAGGCUCAAUACUUGGCCCGUUUCUGUUCUUGGUUUACAUUAAUGAUCUACCGAAACUUGUGCAAGAUAAACAUGAUAUAGUCUUGUUUGCUGAUGACACAUCUCUGUUGUUCAAGGUAGACAGAAAAGCAAUUAACUACGACAGUAUUAACGUGUAAAAGUGCCCUUGUGGC